AUUUGAGUUUGCUUGCCGAGUUACUGUCGAUGUACAGAUAUUCAAGUGGCGCAUCCUUUCCUGUCCCGUGGAGGAUUUGUGAGGAGGUGAGCCGUCUUGUCAGCGUUCUUCAUUCCAUCAUUUUUAACCACCUUUUUCCUAUUUCUGGAAUUUUUUUCACGUAGUCGGGGGUUACCCCGGCAAAGGAGUAAACAUGCCGGUCCGUGCGGAGUGCAGAGCUGGUAACGCCUCUAUGGCCUUCGUAUCCUCGGCCUCGCUUAUCCCACCUCCACCGAUAAACACACAGCAGCCCGGCGUCGCCACUUCGCUUUUAUACAGUGGAUCGAAGUUUCGAGGACAUCAGAAGAGCAAGGGAAACUCCUAUGACGUUGAGGUUGUUCUGCAGCAUGUUACAAUGGAAGAUUCAUAUUUAUGUGGGUAUCUAAAGAUUAAGGGACUGACAGAGGAAUAUCCAACUCUCACUACCUUCUUUGCUGGGGAGAUAAUCAGUAAAAAGCGCCCCUUUUUAACAAGGAAAUGGGAUGCAGACGAAGAUGUUGAUCGCAAGCACUGGGGCAAAUUUCAGGCUUUUUAUCAGUAUGCAAAAACAUUUAACGCUGACGACUUUGAUUACGAAGAACUGAAAAACAGUGAUUUUGUCUUUAUGAGGUGGAAGGAGCAGUUUCUCGUCCCAGAUCACACAAUCAAGGACAUAAGUGGUGCUUCUUUCGCUGGCUUCUACUACAUCUGCUUCCAGAAAUCCACGGCAACCAUAGAGGGUUAUUACUACCACAGAAGCUCAGAAUGGUACCAGUCCUUAAACCUCACCCAUGUCCCUGAACACAGCAUGCCUAUAUAUGAGUUCCGGUGACGCUGGAAUCCUGGUGCUGCUUGCAGAAUUGGACUGCUCAAUGUCCUGCGAACAGUGAGGACGGCGGAUGGCUGAAGACUGUCACGUGAUUCAGUGGAGGACCGCAGCCUCUUUGGAGAGAGAAACGUCGGACAGAAGGGUGCGCAGGCGGAAAGCUCAGGCCCAGAUUAGCAAGAGAACCGCUAAAGGGCCGUACGGAAAGUACGUUCUCCCAGAUCUGUGGCUCAGUACUUCUUUAUCAAAGCUGAUUUUUGAUAAGCUGUUUUAAGCGUCUUUAGUUUACCUGCAGUGUCGUCAUGGUAUCUUUAUUUUUAAAGUUGGUUGUUUAACCUCCCCUCCAUAGGAAAGUUACUUAAUACCUUUCUAGUUCCAUAUAAGGUCAGACUUUGUAGAGCUCAUUAUUGUUUUUUAACAUAAUACUUUGGAACUUUUGUUGGCUUCUUUGUCUUAAAGCAGUCAUGACUACUUGAGCAAAUGGGGAGAGAAUCUACCAAUGUUAGUGAGCUACAAAAACUGCUGGGAUGCUAUUGAACAGUAAUAUGGGUUUUGCUUAAUAUUCUUGGCAGUUUUGUUCUUCUGAAUCAAGCAAGAUGUCGACUUAAAGCUUUUUCAACAUGAAUAUUGGAAGUGUUUGUGACCUAGAGACUUGAGUCUCUUGGAACACUUUACCUUUGGUGGUAAGAGGCGAAUGAUGUCAACAGCGCACAUGCUGUUCCCAAAAGAUUCACCUCCCCAACCUGGCUCCCUGCUUUCCUCUUUUACUUAUCUACCUAUGCAACAUAAUCACAACAUGAGCUGUUAAUAUGCUUCUGGUUGUCAUAAACACUAGUAUAGAAGCUAGUCUUGCAAAAGGUCCCGUUAAAGCCAUUGCAGUAUUUAUUGAACUUGAUUAAUUCUGUCUAUACCUACCACAUGUUUUUGUCUACAUGCUUGAGGAUCAUUGUAUAAUCUUUGCUUCCCUCAUGAUGAUGCCAUCUUCUCAGCACCUGUGAAGCAUGUUGCGUCUACAUGGAGAGGCAGCCAUGUACAAUGUGUACUUAACUCUGAAGUAUUGUGGUAUUUUCUCUUCAGUUCCCAGUGUGGUAAAGGCCAACAGCCUCACUGUGGAAUCCUGUGUUACUCUGUACAAGUUCUGAGGCUCCCUCAGCUGGUUUAAUUCUCUUCAUAGUGGAAUACUAAGUUGCACCUUUCCCCAUGUCACUGUGAUGGUGGAAUUCUUAUAACACACAGCUAGGAUGGGUUAGCAAAGCUCGCCUGCGAUUGCGUUCAAGGUCUGUCAGCUGAAAGUAUACGAAGAUUGGAGUGUUUUAUGUUUUGCAUGCAGCAGAUCCUAGUACCCUGGUAAUUUCGAAUGGCGCUUCAGAGAGCAUUUGUGUAUUUAAGUAUUGUUUGAUUAUCAAACCAACCACUAAGCUUCUGAACAUAUGUUUUAAACAGAUACCGAUGUGUAAAUGUAGUUUUCUAUUAAUGAGAGAAAAUGUAUAAAAGUCCUUAAAGCUUUAACUUUCUGCCUUAAAGGUGAAUGAAUUUUAUAAAUUAUUUUUUUGACAUGAAUGAUGGAAUAGCAAGAAAAGCACGGUCCUAAUGUAGAACAUUUCAGUUUUGACUUGGAGUGGGUAUCGGUACCAUGAUGUAUACUGUGCUGUUGUGCUAUAAUGCCAUUCAAGAAAAUGCAGUACUCAAACCAAAUAGAUAUCACUGACUAGUCCUGAAGUGUUAGCCCUCUCACUGUGGGUUCAUGUGCUGCCCUCAGGUAACUAAUGGUGAGCCAGGAAAGUAUGAGUACAGUUCCUACUUUUAUCUACCUCAGUGGUCGAUUGGUUACGUGCCGCUUCAUUCUUACUUCUCUUGACUGCCUGUGGCACUGCAAGGUAAGUUGAUGAUGAGAGCCCAUUCCCGAUGGGGAUGUUUUCUGGGAAGGAGAUCGGAAAAGCAGCACAUUUAGCCUAUUAAAAAAGGGAUAAAUAGUCAUCAUUGGCUGGUUGACAUUGUUGGGACAAAUCAAAUGUGUCUUUAGAACAUUCUGCAAUUAGGGUAAGUCACUGGGUAAGUUCACGUGAUAAUUCAGGCUGAUUACAGUGUAUACAAGUUGCUACGGAAAAGAAAUUGUGGCUCGUCAUCCCAUUCAAGGCAAUUUGGAUCUGGAUAGUCUGCUUAAAGCAGUGCAUGGUUCAUAGUUCACGUAGCUGUUUUUCCUUUUCAUACAGAACAUUUACAACAAAUGAAACUUUCCUAAAGCAACAAACCCAACAAACCUUUAGAUAGGAAGGAGAAUAUCUCCGUAAGCUAAGCACAUCUUACAGGUUGUUCUCACAAUGUUAAAUAUUAAUGCAUCAGUCCUUCCUACGCUACUUUUUUUUCUGGCAUGUUUAAGAAGCGGAUGAAAUGUUCAAUGCAGGUCACAAAAUAAUUUAAUGAGCAGUGAAAUAUGACACGUUAGGGUGUUCAAUUGAUGGAGGAAUUUUAAGAGAGGUAUUUUGUUUAAAGUAACAACUGAAAUUGCAAGUGGAAUUGAUGUAUGGCCAAGGGUGUGGUCAGGGAGGAUGUAGUGUCUCCAUCAGCAUUUCAAUAAAAUUUCCAUUAAAAAGGAUGCUUUUUUUAA